AUCAGUUUUAUGUUCGUCAAUGAAACUAAACUUGGUCUGAAAACCAUGUCCAACAUCCCAACUUCACUCUCUGAGAUUUGUCUCACCCAGUUUCGCUUAGCGAUGUCGGUAGCAGACCCUUGGCCAUUCUCAUGAACCCCACCGCACCUACACGCAUACCCUCCUCUUCACUUUCAUUAUUACCAUACACCACAUCUCAUCUUUCGGCCUCGAAAUCUCUACCCACCCUCUCCCCGAAUAUGUCCAAGAUUCGCGGAUUCAACCUCAGGAAGGGCCUCAUCCGGGUCUCCAAAUGGGUCUUCAGGAAGAUCCGGCUCCGGAGCAGACCCGGAUACCAUCGCCUGGGCAACUCUCCUCGAUCGUCCAUCGCUAAACUCCUCUCGUGGGGUCGCAAGCUGACGGCCAGCGCCAAGUCCUGCUUGCCAGUAUCAGUCGGGUCAGGUUACGCUCAAUUGGGAUCCGGUUCCGUUGUAGGAUCCGACCGGGACCCGAGUGUGCCCAAGGGACAUCUGGCCGUAUACGUGGGGCAGAAGGAUGGCGAGUUGCACCGCGUGCUGCUCCCCGUAAUAUACUUCAACCAUCCUUUGUUUGGGGAGUUGCUGAAGGAGGCAGAGGAGGAGUUCGGUUUCCACCACGACGGGGGAAUCACCAUCCCAUGCCGGUUCACUGAGUUUGAACGGGUCAAGACCCGAAUAGCGUCCGGGUCUCGUCGGAGCACCCGUCCCAAAAGGUUGGCCUGACGAGAAUUGAAGUGAAUUCUUUUUAAUAAUUAUAUUAUUGGUGCAGAGUUUUUUCCACUGUACUUAAUUAAUCUCCAUCAUAAACCUUAUAACUUCUAGCA